CACCGUUGGGCGCGCGCGAGAGAGGGAGAGGGAGGCUCCUGCUGGAUAGAGGUGAGGAGGAACAGCGGGAGGAUCGGUCAGAUACUGGGAGGAGCAGGAAGACGAGUGCUCGGGAGAGAUUGGGUUGAGAGUCAGGACAGCGCGCGCGAGUGUGUGUAUGUGUAUGUGUGUGUAAAGUGAACACAGCACAUGGGUAACGUGAGACCUUUCUCGAUGGGAAUUCGUGGGCGUGCACGUGAUCGAUUCCCUCCGUCCCUCUCUCCCUCAGUCCGGCAGUGGAAAGUUCCGUCGGGCAAUGAUCAACGCCCUGGGCGAGAGAGAGAGCGAGACUCACGACAGCAAUUACGCACGCACACACGCCCACACACACGCCCACACACAUAUACGGCGCACGCGAUAAAUCAUCAAUUCCCACAGCGAAGGGCUCACUCCUUCCUGGCAGGCAGGGCUGGAUUAAACUUUCUCCGUCGGGCAUCUGUUAUUAUUAUUAUUACUACUAUUGUUAUUAUGCUACAGUACUCUCUGUAUGAAUCAUGCUGUUGUUACUCCGAUCACACCUUAUAUUCCUACAAUAAUAAUGAUUGUAAUAAAGUAACAAGUAACCACAACACCGAAAAGUCGAGACGAGACGGGAACGAGCCUUCCUUUCUCUCCCCCCUCCACCGGGGCACCCGGCGAGCCUGGAUCGUCAUGUCUCGCUGCACUGGUCUCCGAUGACGAUCACGGUUCCGUGUCAUGGUUACUGUGCAGGCAGGCAGGGCGUGUGUGUUGUGUCCGGGGUAUACACAUCCACAUGCACGUCAUGGGGUGCAAACGUGAUGGAAGGGGAUCUAGCAGGGAUCUAGCGAGGAUCAUCAAAAGGGCGGGUUUCCGACGGAUGUUCGUGCGGAAGGUUGUCGCGUUGGGAUUUACGUAUUGGCUAGUUUCUCGAGUAGUUGAGAGAGAGAGACAGAGAGAGAGAACCCCUUUUUGGGAGAUUGUAGAAUAGG